AUGAUUUGUGAUCUCGAGCUAUUCCAGCCAGCGUACUCCAGUCGUCCCGGUCCUGUGUGCGAGUGUGGUGAGAGAAUCUUCCGAACAUCACUUCAUGGCAAGUAUAUUUACGAUGAGCCGCUUUCCAGUGUUGACCUGCUUCGCAUUUCCAGUUGUCAUCCUCCGGUACCUAAUCUGCUGCCGUCUUGCUCUAGUGUUGAGCGUACCGCACAAAUAGAUGUUGCACUGGGACGCACUGAAAUCUGCUUCAUGGAAGCCCCUGAUACGCCCUCCACAGUCGAGCCUCUGCAGCCUGCGUUCACCAGUCGUCCCGGUCCUGUGCGUGAGAGCGUGGAAGGGGUCUUCCAAACCACUAUUGACGGCAAGUAUGAGCCUGGUGUGAACGCUUCCAGCACUGACCCGCUUUCCGUUUUCAGUCGUUCUUUGUAUGUUUACUACCAAAAUGUAGGUGGCGUUAAUACAUGCAUUGACGAUUACCGAUUGGCAUGCGCGGAUGAUUGUUACGACAUCAUUGCUCUUUCGGAAACGUGGCUCAACGAAAAUACGAUAUCCGUCCUGGGAUAUGGGUCAAAUUAUGAAAUUUUCCGUACCGAUCGCAGCUCCCAUAACAGUUCGAAGAGCAUAGGAGGCGGAGUGCUCAUCGCGGUUCACCGUCGUUUAAAAGCUCAACUGGUUGAGAGCACACCGGGACGUUGUGUCGAGCAGGUGUGGGUUCGUGUUCAACUGGCUGAUUUCUCGCUUUUCAUUUGCGUGAUUUACAUUCCUCCGGAUCGAUGUCGUGAUGUGUCGCUGAUUACGUCACAUAUCGAGUCAUUGCAUGAAAUUGCAUCUAAUCAAGCGCUGCCCAUCGACGAAAUCCUGGUUGUUGGAGACUUUAACUUCCCUAGUUUGAAUUGGUGUGCCACUUCUGAUGAAUUUUUAUUUGCUGAUCCCGCACUUUCAGCAUUUCACGCUGGCAUAACUACCUUGCUCGAUGGUUAUAAUCUCAACUUGCUGCGGCAAUUCAACCACAUCGUUAAUGAGAAUGGCCGAAUGCUCGACCUUUGCUUCUCCAGUAAAACCGAUAUCGCACCCAACAUUUGCGUUGCGCCGUCUCCUCUAGUGAAAUGUGUUCGUCAUCAUCCUCCGCUACACAUCGUACUCGAGACUAAACGUUUACCUCAUGACAGCGCCCCCUCCAGCAUCAUCAGCUAUAAUUUUAAUAGAGCUGACUAUAAUAGCAUGACUGCCUUCCUAAUGAGUAUCGAUUGGGAUGACAUUCUCGACAAUGAUGAUGUUAACGCAGCUGUACAGACCUUCUCCAAUGUACUAAUCUACGCGAUUGAUUACUUUGUUCCGAAACGAUCCGUCCGACAUUCCAAACAUCCGCCGUGGCUAACCGCUGAAUUGAAACAUCUGAAAACAUCCAAAAGAGCUGCUCUGACACGAUACUCCAAGUAUGGAGGUUACGUUUUGCGCAAUAAUUAUAUUCAGAUAAAUAAGUUAUACAAGAAAACCGUGAAGCGCUGCCAUGCCAAUUAUUUAAAGAAGGUACAGCAUAGGAUAAAGUCUAACCCAAAAGCUUUCUGGAAGCACGUGAAUGAGCAAAGAAAGGAAUUUGGAUUACCAUCGUUAAUGCGAUUCGGUGAGCGUACCGGUUCGAGUACUCAAGAAAUUUGUCAGCUCUUUUCGGAACAAUUCGCUCGUGUUUUCUCUACUGAAACAUUAUCCCCACAGCAAAUCGAACGAGCGGCCAUCAACGUUCCGGUAUCUAAUUGCUUUUUGCACUCCAUUGACAUAGACGUGAAUUCGGUACAGAAGACUAUCGCUGGAUUGAAGUCUUCGAGUUCUGCAGGACCAGAUGGCAUACCGGCAGUUAUUUUGAAGAAAUGUUCAGCUGGAAUAAUAUCACCACUUUAUCGUUUAUUCAGAACCUCAUUUACUACAGCAGUGUUUCCGGAUUUGUGGAAAGCUUCGUUCAUGUAUCCGGUUUACAAGAAAGGCGACAAGAGCGAUAUGAACAACUACCGCGUGCCAGUUGUCGAAGCCAGUUCACCUCGUUACGGCCCACCGGCAAACAAUGCAAAGUUCAAAUUGCCGUAG